GGCCAGGAGAAGACAUUGGUGUCUUCCUCUGUCACUUCUUACUUUCACUGAACUGGAUUUCAUUGGUUCCACUAGGGUGGCUGACCAUGACCUUGAAGAAUCUGCCCAUCUUGGUCCACCAAUGUUGGGGUUCUAAGGACAUGUAGCUACGCCUGCCUUUUUAGAAGGAUGCUGGGGAUCUAAACUCAAGGUCCUCUUGCUUUUACACUGUUACCCAUUAAGCCAUCUCCUUAGAUCCUAGUAAAAGAAGAAACAGGACUCCAUACAAGCCCUUUGGUAGCUGAGGUCACUGUUGUCUUCUGUUAGGAUUUUCCCAAGUCUUUAUUCAAUUGCCCAGCUGCCUCCCAAAGAACUAGAGUAGAGGUGUGGUCCAAGAUACUGUUUACUUGUAGUAAUUGACAGCUGACAGUGUAUUUGACAAGAUUGAAGAUUGAAGAAUGCUUCUUUCUCAAUCCCUACUCCAAAUUCUAUUCUAGCCAGCCUAACGAUUCUUAGUAAAAGCAGAAAUGCAAUACUUGGGCAUUAUUUUGAACCAAUUCUCCUCCCCCCUGCUCUAGUGCCCGGGCACAUUGGUCAUUUACCUUCAGAAGCACCAAACCACAUUUUCUCCUGUUUAACAGUGGGGUGAUUUUACAUAAAGAGAAGGGGCCUGGGGAACGCAGGGUGUACUCAGAUGAUGAAUGAUGCUGAGUGUCAUAGUCUGAAAAAGAGCAGACCAGUGCCCAGGUGACAGUAGCCUUGGCUGUGUUUGCUCAUGUUGUGUACUGUGUGCCUGCCAGGCACCUAGCUCCUUCCUCAGUCAGGUCCUGAGUCUGACCUGGAGGGCCAUUGGCUAGCAAACAGCCUUGUCAGUCUGGAGGAAGAAGCCAGCUUUUCUAACGUACUGGUGACAUCUCAAGCUUUGUAGUGGCCUUGAUAUGCCCACAACAGAGCCAUGGUCACAUAUGGUUGUUGACUGCAGUGCCACUUUUCCCACUGCAAGUGCUUAGACCUGUCCUGUUUCUCUCGAGGAUCUCUUACCUUUGAAGCCCAAAUUAUCUCCACAUUGGCAGCAGGUUGUCAAGUGCACACAUGGUUUAGUGCCUAGUUCUAAAAUUUGUUUUAUCGACUAUGUUAAAAUGUAUACAAUAGACAAAGGGGGGUGAUAAUUGAGAAUUUGCAAAUGUAGUUCUGAUCCCUACUCUGCAGAUCAUUUUGGAGAGCUUUAUCAGUCUUUUUAUUUUUAUGCUCCUAUCCUGUAAAAUGGCAAUGAAUGUCAUACUGACGACUUCACCAGCUGUAGUUGAAUUCAAAUGAUACAGACAGCGAAAACCAAGCUGUGAGCUGAGAAGUGGUAAAUGUAAGUUAUUAGUGUGCCCCUAAGAAAGCUGCCAAAUCCCCAAGCCCAGUAUUACUGAUUUCCCUGAGACCAUGGUUUCACAGACCAUAAACAGCGUGGCGCUACGUCACAUGGUGUAGAAUUCCAUCCCAUAUAUUCACCUCUAAGAAGAGCCUGCAGUAAUUAGUUUUUAUACGGUGCAUUAUAAUAUGUUUUACGGUGCAUGCCAUCUCUUUGAUAGCCAAAUUAUUCUGUGAGGUAGGUAUUAGCAUUGCCAUUUCACAGAUGUGGAAACUGAGCCAUGGAGCAAUAAAGUGGCUUGUCCAAGGCCACAUAGCCAGUAAUCAGGAGAACAGCAACUAAAUCGGAGCCUUGCCAACCAUCCUGGGCUCUUUCAACUGUGCCACACUCUUCUUCAAAGUGCUCACCCAUCUUCACCUGGCAGGAAGAGUCCACCGGAACCAAGAAGGCUAAAUGUCUCAGGAUGGAAGAAGCAGAAGGCCGCCUUCUCAAGCGAGGUUUCCAUGUCUAUUUCUGGAACAGCUUUGGACUCACGCACCCUGCCUGCAUUUGUCAUGAUGAGGGUUCUUAUUUGAACUUUAAAUAUGUGUACUUUUGCAUAAAUAAAGAGAGCCUCCAAUAGCUCAGGAACUAUCAAAAGAAAGCCAAAGGCUUGCUCUCUCUGCCAGAAUCUUUAUACAUUAUUAAACUACAGAGCACCCAUUCUGAGCAACAGCACUGUAAGAAAAUAUCAGCUUUAUGCCUCCUUUAAAGUUGCUGAUUGCCGUUAGGAAAAGUUACUUUUCAAUGCUGUAAAUACACAUGAUGGGGGCAGGAAGUGCUCUGGGGACAAUGCAAAACUCAUUUGUUGAUGAGGUUUAAAGUCAGGAUUUCGUGCCGGAAGUUUGCUGAUCCGUCUCUGUAACGCAUAGAACAAUCAAUACCAAGUGAAUAAUGCUAACGUUAAAUCUGUCUUGGAUUGCAAAGGUUUCUGUUUGUGAUUUUAAAACAAUGCCUUGGCAUUCGAACAAAACACCACUCAUCAACUCCCUGGGGCUAGAGAGUUUUUAGUGUCUUGGUGCUUUUGCUCUGACUUCACACACACUGUGAGCUUUUAUGGGCCUGGAUUACAAGUGAGGCUGCUCCUUGAUCAGUAGCAGGUUACAGAGAUACAAGACAGUGCUGCUGUUCAUGUAUUUUGGUGGGGUUUUUGUUUGCUUGUUUUUUUUCUCUUCCAUUCAGCAAAGAGCAAAGGCAGGAGAAAAGGCUCCUGCACCAAGGCCAGGAGGAACUUGCUAAGACAAAAGGCGAAAGGGGACUACUCUACUGAUAUACACCGAAGUCACAGUCCGAAGAAAAGAACUGAAGAUCACUCUUUACCUUCCAGGAGAGAUGUCUCGCCCUGCACCCAAAAGGCCAGAAUAUCAAAAAAUAAACAAAGACCUGUUUGUACUCACCUACGGAGCUCUGGUUGCCCAGUUAUGCAAGGAUUAUGAAAAAGAUGAAGAUGUGAACAAAUACUUAGAUAGAAUGUUACCAUCUCAGAAGAUAUUUGGGGGAACCCAAAGAAAUGAUAGUGGGCAAGAAGCUCGUGAGUUCCACCUGCUAUCCACUCAUUUGCAAGCGUCUCUUUCUGUCCUCUGGAAGCAGGUUGCUUUCAAGAUGUACUUGGGCAUCACGCCGAGCGUGGCCUGUCACAAUUCAAGCCGAAACGAAUUCUCCCUGAUUCUAGACAAGAAUCCUCUGGCUGAGUUUGUGGAAGAGCUGCCUGCUGGACGAUCUGCGCUGUGCUACUGCAGCCUGCUCUGUGGGGUCAUCCGAGGCGGCCUGGAGAUGGUUCACUUGGCUGCUGAAGUUACAUUCUUGCAAGACAGACUAAAAGGCGACAGUGUGACAGAAAUUGGAAUAACUUUUCUAAAAAAGCUGGACGAGAAAAAAUAUAGACGGAAGAAGUGAAGACUAGCACGUAGAGUGCCGUGGGUGGUUAGCCGACCAGCGAGUAUCAGCUGGACACACAGCGCAGUUUUGCAUUGCCUGAUGGCAUGGGCUUUGACAGGCUUAGAAGCUUGCUGUGUAUCACACAAUUCCGCGAUUUCAAAUGCAAAUAACUCCUGAUAAAACAGCAAGCAUGAAUUCCACAUAUUACUCAAUCCGUCCUCAGCCAGUCUACCCAUCCACAUACCUGUGGCAAUGGGGAAAAAAAAGAAGCAUCACCAUUAGGGGAUUAUCUCUUUUCAAUAGAAAAAAAAAUGGACGAAAUGAUACAGCAUUAGAGAGAGACAGACUCAGCCAGGAGGUGGUGCAUGCUUUUAAUCCCAGCACUCAUGAAGCAGAGGUAUGUGGAUCUCUGUGAGUUCGAGGCCAGUCUGAUGUGCAGAGCAAGUUCUAGAACAGCCAGGACUACACAGAGAAACUGUCUCAAAAAACCAAAAGGAAAAGAAAAAAUUAUAUAUAUAUACAUACAUAUAUUUGCAACACUUUAGUUUUUAUAGAUGAUGAAUAUGCUUUUUCUCAUAUAUUGUCUUGGCUUAUGGUUUCAGCCACUCCC